ACAUCUCCUAAGUGCUUUCUUUGAUUUACUUAUUUGAUUUACAAUGACAUCAGCUCAUGAAUUAAUCAACAAAUCAUUUUAGUAUAACUGGACAAUUUUACUUAAUGAUUCUUCUCAUCACUCUCCUCUGCACGUUGUAUUGUGUGUACUCAGCUCUCCCUGUGCCUCCUAAGAAGAUUAGCUGUCAUAUCUUAGUCACUAGUCCAUCCUAAACAGCUCGCUGUAGCUCUGCCAGCCUCUGGGGCAGCUCCAGGUACGCUUAUGUUGACUUUGCUCAAAAUUCAGCCGGUGUCACUCUGUGAAAAAUCAUGUGGUGUCCCUGUUGGCUGGGCUGAUUGGUUUUGUGACAGCUUUGCUGGGCCUGUGAAGAUGAUAGAGCUUGCUCUUUUCCCUUUCUCUCAGUCUGUCAGUCAUUUUCUCUGUUGCUUUCUCUCUCUCUCUCUCUCUCUAUCCCUCAUUUCCACCUGACAGUCACGUGAUUAAAGCCCUGCUGUUGUCUCACUGUCUGUCCAUGAGGAGCUGAACUAGCUUUCUGUCUUAGAUGUACACUGAUGAUCAUUGUCUGUUUACAAUAUGUGAAGCCCCCUGUAAGGGGUUUAGAGCAGCUUAAUUCCCCCCAUCUGGCAGCUGAGAUAAAUCCUCAGUUCCCCUGGGAAGGAAACGGGAGCAUAGGCAGAGCAACAGGAACUGCAGCCAAAGACUUCCUCUUGCCCAAGACUGAAGACUCGCUGAUGAGUCCUCCUCAGCUGUACCUCUGGACUGUUACCAGCUAAAUGACAUGAUCUGUAAGCUCUGAGCUUCUGUAGCCAUGGCUUUAAAAGCAGACCUCACGGCAGAGUCAGAGCAACAAGAAAACAUGCGGAAGGUUCCCGUGCCUGGCUGAGACAGUAACUGAGGUCAGAGCUGAGACUGGAGGGAGGUAACAUUUGGCUGAAGGCUUAAUGGAGAUAAAAAAGAGCACCACAGCAGGGGUUAUGUUCUGGACCCCUGCCCCGGUCCGCACCUCACCCACCAGCUCUGUAGUAUCUGAGGACGUGUGGGAGGAUGAGGAUGACGAACAGGCAGAGAAAGCGGAUGACUUUGUUAGCCAGAUGGAUGAGAAUGGCAUCAUUGGACUGGCAGAGGCACUGGAGGACGUGAGACUGGAGGAAACUUGUGAUUUAGACGCAGAAUGUAAUCCAGCGUGGUAUCUUAGAGCCCUCACCCCAGAGGAGGCAGACCCUAGUGGGCGUGAGAUGGAUACACCGCCUGAGGAGCUAAGUUACAACCUGAGUGAACAUCUGUCCCACACUGAAUCACCAGGAGAGGAUGUACAAGUACUGUCACCAUUAGGUGAUGACACUGUGGGUAUCUUGAGAGCACGAACUGAGGAUGAGGAGGUGAGGCAGAGGAAGGAACAGCAGUACCUCCUUGAGAGGGACGAAUACCUGGACAUGACAGAGGAAGAGAAAGAUGGAGAAGAAGAGGUAAAGAGAGGUUAUAGAAAUAAAAAGAAAAUUGAACACAUAAGCACAUCAGGAGAGGUUAGAGCUACAACUGGCUUGGCUGGAAGCUACAUUAACAAAAGAGAGAAUGAGAAGAUCAGCUGGACACAGUCUUGCAGUGCUCACCUGCCAGCUGUAGAACCUGCGGUCUCCAACCAUCACUGUCCAGUAUACCAGUCUACCUCACCUCUCACAUCCUCCACCCUCCCCCACCUCCUCCACUUUACUGCUGAGGAAAUAGCUUCCGCUCCGGGGAUUGAAGCUGAAACGUUGCCAGAUAUUGGCUUCACAGAAAGUCUUCCAGAAUCACACAGCAGCUGCAUGAGUCUCAAGUCCAGUCCUCGCUGUCCACGAAAAUCUGAAAGGGGGGAGCUGAAGGGGCUUCAACCAGCAGCUGUCUUUACCGAACCAAAUCAAUACAGUGGAGUCAGUAACGGGCCUUUAAAGUCAGAUAAGCCCACUCCCUCACCGAGGAAGAUGAGGCAACACUCUCCUGAAGCUACAUAUUCAAGGACUCAUGCCCUUAGCCCUCUCAGGGCAGACUGCUCAAAAUCCAGUCCAAAUGGAGAGCUAAAUACACCCAGAGUCAGGACCAAUGCUGAUUUACUGAAUGAAUCCAGAUCAGGGGCUCUGAGUCACCGGACACCAGACUUCUCCAAGGUGGAGCCCAGGGUCCGUUUCCCCAAAGGUGGCUACAAGCCCCCCAAGAGCAAGCGCUCUUCCAAGAUGGAGUCCUUGUCACCUCAGCCCCCCUUAGUUUUUAAAUCUCCUGCUGACAUUGUGAAAGAAGUCCUACUGAACACCACUGAUGGACCUCCUGCCCCAUCAGACUGUAACAGACCACCAGCCAGUGCCCCCAACUCUACUGUGCCUCAGGACUUCAGAUGCCGCCAGCAAGCCACCACACUGCUCGAACAGCUACAGGAGGACUACAACAGACUGCUGACUAAAUACGCUGAGGCAGAGAACACCAUUGAUCGUCUGCGCCUGGAAGCCAAGGUGAACUUGUACUCUGACCCUCCAAAGCCCGGUCACUCCGUGCAGUCAGGACUGAACAAGGAGGCUUCAAAGUUCAUGACCUUGGAUUUUCCUCAGGCUCAGAGAGCGGACACCAACUCAGCCUCUCUUCAUCCGGAUAGACACAGCCCUCACCAGAGAAGUUCUGCUGCCCGUCCUUCAUCAUCUGCCUCCAUCUCUUCCACAAGAAGUCCAGGCCCUCAGGUGGGGCAGCAGCUGACCAAGAUUCUCUACAAUCAGGCCGACAAGUUCCUCCAGCAGCUGCAGACUUUUGAGGACCUUCUUAACAGUGAAAAACUCAAACCUUUUGAACAGAUGAAGGGUCUGUCACAGCUUGUUCAGGGGCUGGACUCUUUAGAAAGGGGCUACCUGUUAGCGAGGGAUGAGCACAAACUCCUGCAGCAGCGAGGGACAGAAAUCAGCCACUUUGACCCUGAACGGGAGCUGGAUGGGCUCAUCUUCCAGUGUGGCCUGCGUAUGGAUGAGCUUAAGGAGCAGGUGGAACAGAUGCGACAGGAGCAGCCCAUCUGUGAGCCUCCUCCCUCUCCACCUCUUCAACCUGCCACUUCAUCUGUACCCUCUGAGGGGAGGGAACCCCUGUCUCACCCACAGAGCCCAGCUGUGCCUUUGCUGGUUGAUCCAGGAGAGGCGGCAGUGGCAGAGGUGAGCUCAGUCAGCGAAGAAGAAGAGGAGGAUGAGGAAACUCUAAAUUCUGUCUUCCUCAAACCCCUGAAUGGAAAACACAGACGUGUUGACCAAGAAUUCACCACACUAAUAGAUCACUACCAAAGCUUCAAAGAACUUCCUAGACUCCUUGACUGUGGCCUGAGAGAAGGAGCUCCCCUCUCUGCUGCUUCAAGAACUGACCUGCAGCCUGGAGAAAAGGGCAAAGAGGGACAGGUUCAAGGAACUGGAAAUAUGGAAGUCCAGAGAAGUCUUCCUCAAAGGCAAGCUGAAUCAGACCACCAGGACUCUCCUUCUAUUCCUUCUAGCAAACAACGGACCAGCAAAUCUAAUCUUCCAUCAUGCAGGGCCUCCAGUCAGUCCACCACACUCCCCGUUCAUCCACCCAGUAGCAAUAGGAGGUUAGAGAUGGGAAAGUCCCACAGUAGCAGUCUGAGCAGUCUGGGAGAGAUCACUGUAUCAGAUAGAAGGAGCUCCAAACUACAAACUGGGACCAGGAGAGUGCUUUCUCAGGAUGGGAUCAUCUCUCCGGAGACCGACAGCGGGUUUGUCGGCUCAGAGAGCAGCCAUCCGACUCCUGCAGCAGCUCCCAGUCCUCUCCACCAGAGGGCUUCAGAGAGUGUUUCAGUCCCUCAGGAGGUGAACUCAGGGAAGCCUCAGACAGGCCCAGUAUCAGCACCACCUCGUGCUUCUUCACCGUCACACAGACGCACGGCUUUGGAACCCAGCAGAGGCUCCCGGCGGAGAACCAGACAUGUGGAGAGGAGACGCACCUUCUCCUGCUCUCCCCAGCGCUGGGUCAGUCAGACAGAUCAAACCAGGGCUGACAGUGGAACCAGUGAGUUUGGGCUGGAGAGUGACUGCAUUCACACUGUGUCUGAAGAGGGACAGAGUGACCAGUACACCGAGUCCAUCGAUUCCUUUCACAGCUCCUCCCCGAGCUCCUCCCCCGCUGCACGGUGUCACCAUGGUGAUUCUCUUACAGCACUGAGCUCCAGUCAGGUGGCGAAUCGCAAUGAUGCAAUCCAGACCCUGCAGGCCGAGGUGACCAGACUGAAGGACCAAAUAGAAAGCUGUCUGAAAAAUAAGAAACCUGUCAGCUCUGUGAGAGCAGCUCAGGACAGCUGCACUCACCAAAACACCUCUACACCUCACAUCAGGUCUGCGGAGUGUCGGCGUGAUGUUAGUGGGGGAGGAAGGGAGAGAUGGACGGUUGAUGAGGCUGAGGAGUCUACACUGAGACGAACAGCCAGGAAGAAAUCAGCUCCUGCACACAGACAAAAACCACAAGCUGACAUCUUGACAGGUUCACAGCUGGAGCCCUCCACACCCCGGCCUCAGCCUCAGGUGUCCAGAUGUACUCAAACAUCUGAAGCAGCACCAGACAGCCGCUGUUCACGCAGCAGCAGAACACACCCCAGGCAGGAUCCUGGUGUGUCUGUACAAGUGUCUGAAGCAGCAGAUGAACCUGACAGCAGAAGAGGUCGAGCUCCUCUUUGUCCUCAGUGUUUGUCAUGUCACCGAGGGCGAUCUGAAAAGCCAGUUGGUGGCAACAAAGAGUCGACCCACUCACCCUCUCGCUUACGUCACUGUCCUCUCUGUGGACGCCUUGAACCGUACAGAAGCACUGAACCAGACUGUCGCAGAGACUCAGACUCCCCCACACGCACCAACCGCAAACCAGCCAAGUCCCUGGACAGAACAGCGAGGUGCAGAUACUUUGCAGCUGCAGCUCCUCCUGCGCUGCUGCAGUGCACACCAGUGUGCCCACCACCACUGCUGUUGUACUCCGGUCCUGUGAUGAACUCCUACCAACCGCCCCUCUACGUGUCUCCUAGCAACAGCACAGGCACAUCCUCAGGGAUCAGAGGUCGCAAGGAGGUGAGGGGGAGGACGAGACGCUCCCUGUCCGUCGAUACCCAGCGCUCCAUGGACAGUUCUCUAAACAGAGCCAUCAGAGCAGCUCAGCACAUGAAACACACCUCCAGACACAUGGCCCGCUCUCUGGCUGCAGGACUGCACUACCAGGAGCUGCUGUCUCAAUCCUGCAGCUACUAGUCUGAACUCACUUAACUAUAUAUCACCCUCAGUUCAGCUGCAGAGUGAGGCUGUCAGGAUCACCGGCUGCCAACAGGACUAAGUGCAAGAACAAAGAAUAAAAAUCUGAAAUCCUUCUCUUUGUAACUUCUCUUUGGCUCCUACGUUUGGAGAAAAACUGACGCUUCUUUUGCUGCGUUUUUAAUUUAAUGACAUCAUUACUGUAUGUCUCAGGUGUCCAAACAUGAAUUUGUAUCUUUAGCAGGCAUAAUAUUUAUUUCAAAAGAUGUGCUGGCAUACGUUGAAAAGAUGAACUAACUUCCUAAUAUGAUGUAGUACUGUAGAUCAGUUUGAUUGGAAAUGCUGUUGAUCAUAUUGAUUUUCAAACCCAAGAGGUAAAGAAAUGAGUUUCUUUACACCAUAUGACAGAGUUUCAGCUGUCUGGAUGUGGCAGUGGUCCUGAGUUAAUACUCAAUUAUUUUGAGGUACUGAUUAUGUGACUGUGCUUAUUGAUCAUGUGAAUGUUUUUAAAUCUUUUCUAGUUUAUAUAAAUCUAAUAAUAAGUUCAGCAUUUCAGUGUUAUUUUAGUUGCAACUUUUUUUUCACCUCGUUGAUACAGUAACACAUCGUGCUGUAAAUGAAACGCACUCGCUCAUUCUACCUGUUGUGAUGGACUCGGACUUCAAAAUUAGUUCACGUCUGUUUUAUUCUACAUAUUUCACAGAUUAUGGAAGUUAUGAAUGUAAUUUAGUCAGUAUUUUUUCAUAAGCUUGCACAUGUGUGAGCCAGAUGUUUACAGUAACUGAACAGCUUUAUGUGGAUCAAACAUCCACACAACUAAGCACUGCAGUCAUGAACGCCUUUAAACAUCAAGGCUGAUGUAGAUCCAUCUCUACAGGUGGGACUGCAAACACACAGGACAGUUUCUACAGAUCAGAUUAUACGUUACAUACUGAAGAACUGUGGAUUUUAAGUGAAUUCUGUUUUUGUUCUAAUCCUUUUUUACUUUUGUACCAUUAUUUCUGUAUUUUUUAAUAUUUUGCAGGGAAUCUUCUCAGUUGUCCCGAAGGAGCCAAAUAAAGGUGAAAGUGAACAUUU